GUAGUGAAGGACGACCGAUGAACUAAGAGGACUCCGACCGAGGAGGGAGUUCAUACCACGGCGGGGCUCGGUGCGCGCUUCGCGGCGUAUAUGGAUCGAACUUCUGCGCUGCACCAUCAACACUUUCCCUCCCCGACUCAACGUACAUUUCAGUUGCGCUCAAGCAGAAUUGGGCAGUGGUAGCCUGCAUAAUGGCAGAGGUAGGGAGUUUUUUGGGGACUCUCGAUUUGGAUUUACAAAGCUUUCCUGCACUCGGAAAUAUGCCCUUACCGGAGUCGCAAGUAGGCUUGAAUUUGAAUGAGCGGCUCGGGCAGAUUGAGGGGAGGCUGCAGCGGGGGUCGCUGACGGAUUUCGGACACCUCAAAGGGAUUCUGCGGCGGCGGCAGCUGUACUGCAGAACAGGCUUUCAGUUGGAGAUAUUCCCCAAUGGCACAGUGCACGGGACUAGACAGGACCACAGCAGAUUUGGUAUCUUGGAGUUCAUCAGUCUGGCAGUGGGUCUGGUCAGCAUCAGGGGGGUGGACGCUGGACUGUACCUUGGCAUGAACGAGAAAGGAGAGCUCUAUGGGUCGAAGAAGCUGACAGCAGAAUGUGUGUUCAGGGAGCAAUUUGAAGAGAACUGGUACAACACCUAUGCAUCAACGUUGUACAAGCACACCGACACGGGGCGGUUCUACUAUGUAGCCUUAAACAAGGAUGGCUCGCCCAGGGAGGGUGGCAGGACUAAAAAACACCAAAAACUUACCCAUUUCUUGCCCAGACCAGUGGAGAUUGAGAAGAUCCCACAGGCAUACAGAGACCUGUUCCAGUACAGGUGACCAGU